AUGAAGCCUAUAUUCAUAGCCGUCACCUUCAUUGCUGCGUGCUUGCACUACUUAAUGUUUCGACCCUUCUCUUUCAUGACUGCAUUUAAACUCUACUUUUUCGUCAUUCAUAUUGGAGUGGUUUCCAUGGUUCGUGGAGUUAAACUGAUAUUCGGACAAAAGAAGAAAAUUCAAACUCCCGAUGAAAGUAAAUUUCAGAAACAAGUUGGAUGUGCACAUUUUGCUCUCGGUGGAUUAGGAUUGUAUUGUUUAUUGAUGGGAAAUACAUUUGAAUAUUUAGUGUCCAUUGCCAUUCUCACCAUGAUCUUUCAUGUGGGUUGUGGAAUUUUGGAAAUGAUGGACACCUUCUCUCAAAAGACAAACAAACCCAACCACCAAGAUGGAGAUUGGUUGAUGAAAAGUUUGUACAAUAGUGUGUUCAUACCUAUUAUUACGGUCAUUAUGGUGUUUACCACUCCGUAUGGAGCGAUUGAACAUGCUCCUCCACAUACAGCUGAUGUGAAUGCAUAG